CACCGUCCUACCGCCGCCGUCGAAUCUGGUCCAGCCGUCGUCCCUACUGCUUCACUCGACCGUGCUUCCCAGUCUCUCACUCGACCAGAAGCCAGAACUUUGAAGUGUGAAUCACUCCCCCUUCUCCAACCCUAGCCUUGCUUCUCUUCGAUCCGGUGCCGCCGCCCGUCCGUUGAGCCAGUGCCGCCGUUCGUUCGGUCAAUCAACGUUCUGUCGGCAUCGUCUUCGAAGUGUGUUGCUGGCUGCACCAAAACCUGAAACUUAAAAUCUUUAGUCUCUCGAACACUCAGAAACCUGCGCCAUCGAUGGAUCCUCCAGCUGAGCCAGUUAGCUACAUCUGCGGAGAUUGUGGUAUGGAGAACACGCUGAAACCAGGUGAUGUUAUACAGUGCAGAGAGUGCGGCUACCGUAUCCUUUACAAGAAGCGCACUCGUCGCAUUGUCCAGUAUGAGGCACGUUGACGAAAACUGCUGUCGCUUUGGCAAGUAUUUUCCAAUGCAACCGUUAUAGACUUGUAAUGAAAUUGUGAUGUGAAUGUGCUGUUCUGUUUAAGUGAGUCGUAUGAAACUGAAAUUUUACCAUCAAUGAUCCUUCUAGUCUUGAACUAUUAAAA